AAUAGACGCAAAAGGCAAAUAAAACUAUUUGCAAUUCGUUGCACUCGUCGGCGGUGCCAUCUAGUGCAAUUCGCCCGAACUAUAAUGUUGAUUGGAUCUGCGAUCGGUAGUGAGUUCGCCCAAUUACCGAGUGCCCCGUGGAGCAUGGAACCUCCGAGGGCUCCACUGCCCGGUCAAGGAUCACUUCCACCUCCCCCACCCACGCUGCAGCUCUCACCGACCGUAGGCCUCUCACCAAACCUCCCUUCGCCCGGCUCGGUACAGCCCACGACGAACUUGUUCGGUGCCGCAGCGGCUGCCGCUGCCGCUGGAGCAGCCGGAACCGCCAACGCCCACGCCCUGGCCGGCCUAGUAUCUCAACACCGGCUACUCGAGCUGUCCCGCUUCGGUCUGCGCGGCUAUGAUCUGGCACAGCAUAUGCUCACUCAGCAGGGGGCCGUCUCAAAGCUGUUAGGCACUCUAAGGCCACCGGGUCUGAUCGGAGGUUCCAAGCCGAAGGUGGCUACACCGGCCGUCGUUUCCAAGAUCGAACAGUACAAGCGGGAAAAUCCGACCAUCUUUGCGUGGGAAAUCCGGGAGCGCCUCAUCUCGGAAGGUGUUUGUACGAAUGCGACUGCCCCGUCAGUGUCGUCCAUCAACAGAAUUCUACGUAAUCGGGCAGCGGAAAGGGCGGCGGCAGAGUUCGCACGAGCAGCUGGCUAUGGUCUCUAUCCCCCUCCACCAUACGGUGGAUUUCCGUGGCCAACACCUACCCAUCUGUGGUCACCGGGACAAGGACUACCCAAUAUGUCGCAGCCUGGAGGUAGUACAACGCCUGGAACGAUUGGAUCGCCUGGUUCUGGAUCGCACGAGACCCUCGGCUCGCCUGACGGAAAUCGAUUAAUCGACAUUGAAGGUGAAGACUCCAACAGCCUGGAUGGCGAUCAACCAAAGUUUAGACGUAACCGCACCACCUUCAGCCCGGAACAAUUGGAGGAGCUCGAGAAGGAGUUCGACAAGUCGCACUAUCCCUGUGUCAGCACCCGUGAACGUCUCGCUUCCCGUACCUCCCUCAGUGAAGCCCGUGUCCAGGUUUGGUUUUCCAACAGACGGGCGAAAUGGCGACGUCAUCAAAGAAUGAAUCUUUUAAAAAGGUCCACCUCGCCGAGCACCCGGGCGGCUGCGGCGGCGGGAACGGCAAGUUCCGCUUUCACCCCUGGCUCCCCGCCGCCGCCGCCGCUGCCGCAGCAGCAGCAGCAGCAGCAACCUCCACCGCCAACCGGAUCACAGCCGCCGGCGUCAGGCCCUGUGCCCCCUUCCCAGCACCCUUCCUCCGGUUCGCCGGGAGCGGGCCCUCCCCUGCCCGGUCACCAUCAUCUUCCCCAUCAUCUUCCGCACCAUCCGCACCACCAUCUCACGCACCCGCACCAUCAUGCGCUCCAUGCGCACCACUUUCACCAGCAGCCGCCACCGCCACCCCCACCACCGGGCUCCUCCUCACAGUUGCCACCCCAUCACCACCAUCACCCGCAUCACGCGGCCCAUCUGCAUCCCAACCCAUCCACAUCGCCGGCAGCCCAGGCGGCCCAGGCAGCGGCCGCCCUGGGAGCCCAAGCGGCAGCAGCAGUAGCGGCGGCCCAAGCAGCACAAUCAUUAGUCACAGCAUCAACUCCAUUAUUAAUGGGCGGUGAGCAUAGUGCGUUCCGGUCGCUAGUGCCAACGUCGGCGGCGGCCCUUUUCGCGGGCCUGUCACGCUCGUACGCCGCCACCACCGGGUCGUCCAACCUAGACUCGGCCAGCCCAGCACCGAGCGACGAUUCGGACGAGGAAAUCAACGUGCACGAUGAUGAUUCGAACGAUGAAGCGCUUGAUACGGGCCGUCCAACGAAUGGAGGCGGUUCGCGUCAUCGCCGCCGACGUCGCUCCAGUUCUGUCACCGCGUUUACUGACUCCUCCUCGGGACCGUCCGGUCCCUUACAGCUAACCAAACACGAACGCACACCGCAACAGCCGUGA